AUGCCUACCUACCUGGCACGCGGCGUGUCCACACGCCUAGGCACCAUGCCACUUGCAGGCACCAUUUCUGAGCAUAUUGUACUACGAAGGGGCGAGGCAGCCAAGCAGCAGUCAGACGCUGCUGAGAAACAGCUGCAGAACAGCAGGCUGCUCAAGGAGGUGUCCGUACCUUUCCCAGGUGACGAAAAACAACACCGUUUAAACUGGCUGGGAAACGCGCCCUUUGUGCAGGUACAAGCUGGCUGGGAUGCUUUCGACGAAGAAUGCGCAGAGACAACAAGGGCGACUACGGGCGUUCUGUCCUCUCAAGAAUCCAAAGCACUUGUUCUUCAUGUCAAUCUUUCAGACAGAACAUACGUAUCAGGUCUCCACGAUCACAAAACAUCACUCAAGAUCGAAGUCUUCUUCAACGGGCAGCUGAACAGUUGCUGGUUUAUGGCUACGCACGACGUCAGGACUGGCGUCAAAGGACACCAUCAGAUCUUUGCUGGCAUUAGGGUCAAUUUCCUUGCUGAGCGGCCAUGGAUAAUCCUCCCGCCUGGGAUAGAGCCAGGAGUGGGCCUCAGAACGCACCAUGAGCCUAUAUCAGUAUCGCAGCGAUGGCAGGAUAUUUGCCGCGCCUUCAAAAAUGAAGCAAAUGAGAGGGGUGUCAACGAACAAGGGGAAAUUCCUCCAACCGCCACAUUUCUAGAGGCGCAUGCAGCUAUGCAGAUGCCAGAUAAGGUCCGAAAUAUGCAGAAGCCAGGGGGAAAAGUUUUCGGCACAAUCGACGUUGUCAUCACCGCUGGGAAGGGCAAGAAACUCACGAGUGGUGUAGGCUACCUAAAGGCGCCGAAACGGAUGUUUGACGAGAACUUUCCACUUGUGAAACAAAGCGAUGGCGCGGCCGCAGAUGCACAAAUAGUUGAGACUCGACAAACUGAAAGCGACGAUGAGCCCCAAAGCAUCCAGCCUGGCUAUAAUGGUUUCGUCGCGAUUACAGAGGCCGAAUACAACCAAGGAUAUAGCUUGUCAACACAGGAAAAGUCGUUGAGCGCAGAUAGACCUGGCAUACCAACUGCUUCCGAUUUUGCUCCAUAUAGCGGAAUUCCGGACAACCUACAGCACAUCCAAGGACAGAGUAUGUCGAGCGAUCUGAGCAAUCAACCAUGUCAACUGAAUACUGCAUCAUAUUUUGGUCCGCUCCAACAUCUACCCUUCAGUUUUCCCGAUUCAAACCAACCUCUCUUGAUGGGUCGUACGCAAGAUUUCAGCAUCGUGUCUAAUCGAUUUACACCUAGUGCAUCUGCACCACCGUAUCUCUUACCGGAUCAGCCUUUUCGGUGCUUCAAUGACGGGACAUCUCCGCUUCUACACGGAAACCUCACAGAAGCUGGCCAUGAAUAUUCAAGAACACCUCGAAACGUGAUCCCUGUUCCAUUCUCGUCGCAACAAGUCCCCGGCCUUCGCGAGCAAGGAGCUGUUGAAUUACCACACGUGCCAGUUCCUCCACCGAACAGCUACCUGGAAUGGCCAGCGCCACCCAUAGGGCUAUACUCUGUACCUAAGAAGCCAAAACGAAGCAUCUCCGCACGGAAGGACACUCUUUCGGCGAGGGUGAAAAAAGAUAGCCGCGAUAUUCUGCUUACAAGGUUGGUGAUUCUGGGACACAAUAAGACCAUUCUAGUUGAUCACAAGUGGGACCCACCAAAGCGCAUCACAGUGAGAUCGGGAAGGCCAGUAUGUCCCGAGCCUCAACUCGGCCAUCCAGCGAGCAUGAAUGAAUGCCUUGAAUCGUCAAAGUCCAGGGACACAUCUGCCAGCAUCUGCAAACCAGAGAAAAUUGCAGUCAACAUGAAUACGUCAGCGCCCCCAUCAUCCGAGAAUUCCAGCAUGGAUGUGUCUCUUAAAGGAAUUCCCCACAUAUACCAAUCUCGAGAUGAGGUGAUUAUAGGAGAGGAUGAGUCAACUGAUCUUUGCCGUAAGCCUGACACAUUGCAGUUGAGCGAUACUCGUAUCUUCGAUCACUCAGAGAAGGACUUUGUUCUUUCCACAAAGUACAAUCGUGAUCGUUGCGCUUCACGAGGCAGUAACAUGUUUGCGGUUCAAAGUUCCGAAACAAACCCGCCUUUGUUUGGGAGACCAGAAGAGAUGUUUUGCGAAGCAUCCCUUCUCUCUAGCCUGCAUACCACCCCUAAUAUUGGUUUAGAGUCUAUGGAGCACAAGCUUCAGUCUGAACAGACUAACCCAAUUACCCUAGUUCCUAUCCGGCCAGCGGAUAGUUCAAACAAGCACGUAAUCCUACCGAGUCUCGACUGUUCUCACGGAGCGUUGUUUCCAACAGUCUCAAAUUCGACGACCAAAGCAACUCCGUCUUCAAAGGGCAGAAAGCGUAAAGCUUCCAAUGGCCCCAUCACCAAGUGGUCACGCAAUCGUACUUCCUUGAAGACAGACGGCAAUCCCUCGCUAAAUCAGAACUGCGUUAUUACAUAUGCAGAGAACAAGGACGAGGAAAAUGAUCAAGGUGUUUUCAGGCAAGUACGGAGUGAAAGAUGUGGGGUAUUUCAGGAAGACUACGUCGUCUUUGCGGCACGUUUCUUUGUAGGGGAAAAGGCGAGCAUGGACAAAGAGUAA